AAAGUAACAUUUUGAAAACGAUGACGAAGUUCGGCAAUAAAAAAAUGUAUGGGAUGACAUAAGCCUUCGCUAAAUCACGUGAUCGAUCGAGAUCGAUAACAAAAUUGGUAGACAAUGUUUACAUUCAUGUCGAAAACGAAGCGAAAUCGUCAAUUAGCGAAUUGUUUAUUCGCCUAUUUCAAUACAAAUGCGUAGCCAAGCGGCACUUUUGACGUUCGCUUUCUCUUCGGGAGCGAUCGUUCGAUUCGACAUGUGUUCGCCAUAAUAACGAAAGCUUGGGGGCUGUCGAUAUCGCUACAAAAUGGCCGAAAAUUACAGUCAGCUGUGAUUUGUAUACAAGGGCUACGUUGCGUUAAUACAGUUUUAUUUAUAUAAAAAUGCAUUCUUUACGUUUAUUGUGGGCUGCACAUAAUGAGAAUACCUGGGUGAGGCGUCAAAGGCGAUUUUCAUCAAGAAGACAUAUGGAAACGAUUGAAGAUAUGCCGGAAUUGUUGUUUAUACAACAUUUCAGGCUUGAUAAAAAAACUUUUCGACGAUUAUGCGACGAACUAAAAAGAUAUACUGGAUUGAAAGGAUCCAAUGAAAUUUCCCUGGAAGUGAAGGUACUGUGUACUCUAAGCUUUUUAGCCGCAGGGUCAUACCAGAGAAUUGUAGGUGUGGGACAAUAUUUGACACAGCGGACUACAAGUCGCUGUGUCAGGGAGGUUGUGAAUUCUUUAAAUCACAAUUGGAUGGUCAGCAGGUGGAUAGUGUUUCCACAAACACCACAUGAGAGAUCUUUAAUCAAAGAGAAAUUCCAUAGAAGACAUAAUUUGCCUGGAAUUAUUGGGUGCAUUGAUUGUACCCAUAUAGCUAUAGUAAGACCAGACGAGGAUGAAUAUUCAUUUUUUAAUAGAAAAGGAUAUCAUUCAUUAAAUGUUCAAGUGAUAUGCGAUUUCGAUUUAAAAAUAAUUAAUGUCAAUUCAAAAUUUGGUGGUGCUACACAUGACUCCCACAUAUGGUCCGCUAGUCAUGUAGAGACUUUCAUGCGAGGGCUUCAUGAAAGUGGUGAACAUGUUUGGUUAUUAGGGGAUUCUGGAUAUCCACAGCGACCUUGGUUGAUGACGCCUAUACUAGAUGCUGAACAAGGGUCUCAAGAAGAAAUAUAUACCAGAUGUCAUGUGCAAGCCAGAUCUCGUAUAGAACGAUGUUUUGGAUUACUGAAGGCUCGUUGGAGGUGUAUGCUUCGACACCGUGUUCUUCACUAUCAGCCUUACGUGGCUAGCAGAAUUAUUAACGCAUGUUGUGUAUUGCAUAAUAUUGCAAUACAUGCUAAACUACCUGCUCCAACAGAUAUGCCAGCUGAGGCUCUUGAUGAUAGUGAAGAUCAAAGUAUACAGCAUAACACCUCUACAACCAACACUAAUCAAAACGAGUUAAUUCGAGGAAGGGCUAUGCGAAAUUAUCUAGUCAGUAGAAUGCAGCAUUCUACUGACUAGAUAAUUCUGUCUGUAUAUAUGUAAAUGAAUAAGUAUAAAAUUUUGUUUACUUAAAAUUUAAUGGUUUCAUUUUAUUUAAGCUUAAGUAUAUUUUUUUAAGUUAGUAUCAAAUGAAAAAGAAAGUAAUAAUAAUAAUAUAACAAUUUUAAUAAGUAUCCAGUCUUUUAACUUAUCAAUAUACUUAUCUACUUAUUUUAAUAUUUAACAUAUUUAACAAUAAUAAAAUCAAAAAAUAUAUUCAUGUAACAAAUUAUUAAUCUUACAAAUAUAAUUGUAUAUUCUAUGACUAAUCUAGAAGAAGCAGUCUUUUAAUUUAUAAUUGUAUAUUCUAUCACUAGUCUAGAAGAAGCAGUCUUAAUUUUGUAAUCAGUCUCAAACUGUAAUAAAAAUAUAUAAAUAAGUUUGAUGAAGCUUAUGAUAUAAAACAUUUCUUAGCUAAAAUUCUUAGGCAGAUUUAGGGUGUUACGUAAUAACCGCAGUAGAGACAACAACCGCUCAAUAUUUCGAGUGAGCAUCUACUCAUUGCUCAGUGGUUCUGUGUUGUCUCUACUGCGGUAAUAGUCGAGCCAAGCUUGUGCGAUACCGACGAGCGAGCUAAACACUAGGUUACGCUCGUGCUCCACUUCCAGCGCUCUCGUGUCUCGCUCGUGUCGUUGCAGGUUACGAGCUUCCUCUAUUGCCAGCGCUCUCAUAUCCCGCUCGUUUUGCUGCCGGAUUCGAGCUUCCUCCAGCUCCAAGCGGCGUAGUUCCACGGCAGAAAACUCUUGCGCCGCUCGUUCGAACGGGGUCGGAGCCAGCCUGCGGCGCGCGCGCAGCCGCGGGCGGCCGGAGCCCGCUGACGCGGCGGAGCGCGGCGUGUCCGGCGUCGCCGCCCGCGGCCGGCGUCGGGCCGGCGGCGCGCUGGAGGCAGCUGCACGUCUCCGAGAGCGAGGAGUGGCGGGCGCGGGUGACGGCGCGGGCGGGGGCGGGGGCGAAGGUAGCGGCUGUGAGUCAUAUGUGCCAGGUUGUGGCGAUACUGAUGAAGGCAUUUCUGUAAAAGACAAAAAUAAACUUGUUUCAUUAUUAAAUAGUUAUAGUAACUAGCUGUUUUGGGUUUGAUAUCGAAUGCAGAUCACGCCAUAAGUAUUCUUUAAAAAAAAUAUUCAGUGUACUAUCUUAACUUUUCUAUUGUUUUUUAUUAUGUGUAUAAAUAGAUACUCAAAAAACUAAAGUAGCUAUUACACCCCAUUUGUUUAGAUAUAUAUUUUAAAAUUAGGAUAUUUGUAAAUAAGUUUUAUAAAAAAUUGUUAAAUUGACGUCUUUGUAGAAAAGGCUGCGGUGAAGUUUGUUGCGCCGCUUCUUCUUCACCUGCGCUUUGGAAGUCGGCGGUAGACUUAGUUAUAAGUACAUUUUUGACGUCAAUAAGAAAUGUAUUGCAUCCAAUAUUGAGAAUAAAGAUUUCAUUUUCA